AUGAGAGGAAAGCGCUUAGAUAUGUUAAUGGAUGAACCUGAUGAGAUGGCUAAUUUAGAUAAUCAAAUUGGUUUCACUCCUAGGCGAUCUCAAGUUGCUGGAAAUAACCCGAUUUUGAGUUCUGAAUCUGCAGAUAAUUCACAACAAACACCAGAACCUCGUUAUAAUUUCGGAAAAGCAUCAUACUUUCAACGAAACUUUGCAAAGCGUCUUCCUAAGCAAGAGGCUCAAACAGCUGAAGCAACACCAAAUAAUUCUCCUUCAAAGGAACCAGCAACAACACCAGCGACAGCUCCACGAUUACAACAAAAUGAAACUCAGAUAAAUACUCCUACAUUUCAGCCUCAAAAUAGCUUUGUUCCAAAUCCAACUCCGAUUGGGCCACAACAAAACGAUGGAUACGAUGAUGAUGUCGAUGCUGAUAUCGAAGAUAAUGAGGACCCAUCAGUUAAAGCGAAAAUACUCAAAGAAAAGAAGCAGAAACAUUCAAAGAAAAGCAAACAUGAAAAAUCAUCGAAUCUCGACCCAGAAAAGCCUGCUUUUUCAAGCCAAAGUGCUGCAAUACAAGUCAACUACAAGCGCCCUCUUACAUCAAGCAUCAGUGCUGAUUUGGGACCAAAAACAACUCCAAAAACUGAAGAAACAAAACCAGAAACAAAAAUUGAAAAUAAAGUCGAAACUAAGCCAUUACAAAGGCAUAAUUCGCCAUUAAAGUUCCCAAUGUCGGUCCCUGUACAGAAACAACAGUCCGCAAUUGAUCAAAUCCAGAAAAUUCCGGAAAAUCAAGAUUCAAAAUCUCAAAUCCCGCAAAACGAGAUUUUAAUCGAGCCCCUGAAGCCAGAUCCUGCAGAUGAAGAGAGGAGAGAUUUAAACCGUGUAAUGAUGGCCGUAAAAACCAAUAAUAAUAUUCCUAAAAUUUCUAAUACGAAUACGAACCUCGUUCCACCCACUCCCCAAAUCAAUCCAAGCAAUAGUUCACAAUCCAUUUCGAAUAUGCAGCAAAAUACUUACAGAGGACGUCCAACAAGAACAACAAGUUUUAAUCCGCUAAAAAUCAGCGGUACAAAUAACUACAACGAAGAACAAUCAACGCCAUCCAACUUACAACCACAUCCAAAGCCUCACAAAGACCCAAAGAUGUUCUCAAAAGAUUCAAUUUCAAUUCAAUCGAAUCCUAAUGAGUUCCAAGAUGUUUUAGUACCUCCAAACUCAACAUCCAAUGUACAAACCCCAUUAUCCCCUGUUUUCAAACAGAAAGAUCCAAAUGAAGACAAAAAAAUUCCGAAAAUUCCGAUCCAAACUGCAUCUAUCGACUCUUUCUUCAGCGCUGCGGCAUAUUCAAUCAGUGAAGCCUUCUCUCCUCCAAAGAUUGAUAUGCAAAACCUUCCAAAUGCAACAAAUGCGAUUCGAGAAAGAUCCGUUCGAGCAAGUGAAGCAGUUUCGAGGCUGACAGGUAGUGUAGAAGGUCUAGAAUCAUCUCUUUCCAACACUGUUUUCCAGUUCCAGUUCACUGCCCAAAAGAUUACGGAUGUUGUUCAGAAAUCUCGUUUAGUUUGCGACAAAAACGACGUUUUACUUGAUAAAAUGAAGAAAUCCGCAGGAACAACGAGCUACAAGAUGACGUUGCUUCAAAUUGUUUUGAGAGUUGUUGCUGUUCUUUAUUGGAUUGUGAUGUUGAUUGUAACAACUGUUGUUUCGCCAUUCUCAAGAAAGAAGAGAGAGAAAAUCACACUACAAGAUGCCCAAGAAAGAAUGGAAGCUGCAAGAGAAAAUCUAAGAAAGGCAAGACAAAUUGAAUCAGAAACUGAUACUGAAACAGGUGAAUAA